GGAUAAACAUUUCAUUUAUAUAAGGAAUCUUUCAAGACUCACUCUUGCAAAUGCAGCUAGUUCAUACAUUCCAACCCCCCAAAAACUUGCUAAUAAGAAAUCAACUAUUAAUAUAAAAAAUGAGGAUCAGAAAUCAUUCUUAUGGUCAGUACUAUCAUUCUUCAAUGAAGAUCGAAAACACAAUAGAGUAACAGACCUACAAAAAUACUCACAUUUAGUUAAUGUUGGGGAUUUGGAAUUCCCUGUAAAAAUAGAAGACAUACAAAAAUUUGAGAGUUUCAAUGAAGAUAUUUGUAUAAAUAUUUAUAAUUAUGUAGAAGAGAGUGACACCAUCUCCCCACUCCAUGUAUCUAAAUAUCAAAAUAGAUUGCAAAAAAAUAAAUUUAAUCUUGCUAGAGGAUAAACAUUUCAUUUAUAUAAGGAAUCUUUCAAGCCUAACUCUUGCAAAUGCAGCUAGUUCAUACAUUCCAACCCCCAAAAAACUUGCUAAUAAGAAAUCAACUAUUAAUAUAAAAAAUGAGGAUCAGAAAUCAUUCUUAUGGUCAGUACUAUCAUUCUUCAAUGAAGAUCAAAAACACAAUAGAGUAACAGACCUACAAAAAUACUCACAUCUAGUUAAUGUUAGGGAUUUGGAAUUCCCUGUAAAAAUAGAAAAAAUUCCAAAAUUUGAGAGUUUCAAUGAAGAUAUUUGUAUUAAUGUGUUGAGUUAUGAGGAUGAGAAGGAUAUUAUAUAUCCCAUAUUUACAUCUAAGAAUAGGGGAAGGAAGCAUACAAUAACUCUUCUUUUCCUAAAAAAACAACAUUAUAUUCUAGUGAAGAAUUUAUCAAGAUUGUUGUCUGAUCAAACAGAACAUCAUGGAAAAGUGGAGAUAUGUCCCUAUUGUUUACAUAUAUUCACAAAGACAAAUGCUCUUGCUAAUUUAGAAAAACAUCUAGAAUUAGGUUCAUUGAAUAAAUGUCAAAGAGUUAGAAUGCCACAAGAGGGGGAGAUAUUGAAAUUCUCGAAUUAUAGUUACACUCUCAAAGUUCCAUACAUUAUAUAUGCAGAUUUUGAAUGUAUGAUUAUUGAUAAUAUUCACAAACCUUGUGGUUAUGGUUAUUUGAUAAUAGAUGAAGAGGGGGAGGUAUAUUAUGGUCCAAAAAUUGUUAGGGCCAAUAGCUUGGAGGAAUCUGAGAAAUUGAUUGAUAAUUUCAUAGAUGAAUUAGAAACACAUAGUGUUAUAUUGAAAAAGAAAUUGCAAACUAUUAUUGAUAUGAAUUUCACUACAGAAGAUGAAAAGACAUUUACAACAAAAAUCUUGUUGUUUAUGUACAAAACCCAUAGAUUUCAUUGA